AUGAGGCUGAUGGGUGGCGCCAGCUGCCUGGAGCCAAUGUGCUGCUCAUACAGCAUCCUGGAGAAAAGAGAGAGUUCAGACACAGCAACACAGCAUCUGUCCCCCGAGAUUCUGUGCGUUUACAGCCUCGGAGAGCACAGCAUAUCUGGCAUUUCUCUCCCAAACUCCAACCAGCUCUGUGCUCAUCUGAAAGAAAACGAGAAGAAAAGACACAGGAAGAGAAGAGAAGAUAUAUGCUGCCAUCUCCAGAGCAGGGCCUUGAUUCUCCUGCCUCAGCCCCAGCCUGCUGCCGCCAUGGAGCGAGUCCAGCACAUGACCAAGUCAGCCAUCCGCCGCGCCUCCCAGAUCGAAGUGACUCCACAGGCCAAGAGGAACCUGCAGGAGCUGUUCGUCAACUUCACCCUCAUCCUCAUCUGCCUCCUGCUCAUUUACAUCAUCGUGCUGCUGAGCAGCUGA